AUGCCAACAGCUAAAAAUGAACAGUACCAAGGACCAGAAAGAAGAGAACGUUCAGUAUUAAAGAAGCUCAAGAAAGUUAACAAGAAGAAGAAAAGAGAUACCGACGACCACACGAGCAGAGCCAAUAUCCUCUUUCUUGAACUUGAAGAGGCCUUGUCUACCUUUAAUUCCGUAAAAAACACAAACGUUUUGAUCAAUGACAUACAGAAUCCAACUGAGUUGAUGGGAAACUUUAUGUUCACCAGGGACCGUCCGACGAUCAUUGCGGAUAGUGUGGAUAUCCUAUAUCAAACAUCGGAAGGUGACGGCAUUGGGUUUGUCCCCAAAUCCAUGUAUGCAUCUCCAUUUGUAGAGGAAGGGGAUGACAUCUUUAACAAGUUCACGGCUGUAGUAGUUCCGAAGACUAUUGUUGGAGAUAAGGUGAAAAUAAAGCUAAAUAUGCAUCACCAGUUCUAUUCAGAGGCAGUGCUUUUGCAAGUCCUAAACUCGAAUUCUCGUAGCACUCCUAGAAAGGAUACCUUAGUUGUGUGUCAGAAGUUUGAAGAGUGUUCUGGAUGUCAGUUCCAGAUGCUUAGCUACGAUAAACAGCUCCAGCUAAAAAGAGAUACUAUUGUAAAGGCUUAUAGAUUCUUUUAUCCAGAAUUGUUGGGAGAACUUGACCAAUCAGAGUUUGGAAAAGUCAUAGGUUGUGAAAAUCAAUAUGCAUACAGAACAAAGCUUACUCCACAUUAUAAAGUCCCAAGGGUAAUAAAGAACGAGACUUUGUCUAUAGGGUUGAAUCACGUUAACCCAACGAUGCAAGUUGUGGAUUUGGAGAGUUGUGCAAUUGCAACUCCUUCAAUUAACAGAGCACUUACAAUUACUAGAAAAAAGAUCAAAGAAGAGGUGAAGAACGAACCUUUAGAAGCACAAGGAAGACAAAGAACUAUUCUUUUGCGAGACGGACUCCGAAUGAAUAAAGAAACAGGCGAACAUACAAGAGCUUGUUACGGGGAAAGCUCCAAAGUAAUGACAGAAAAAGUAGAAGACUUUGUCUUCCAAUUUGAUCCUUCAAGCUUCUUUCAGAACAACAAUUCCAUUUUGAUACCAGUACUUGAAUAUAUCAAAUACCACAUAGGAUUGGGUGCAAAACUGUACAAAUACUUAGUCGAUACCUACUGCGGUGUGGGAUUCUUUGGUAUUUCCUUGUCUAAGCUGAUUCCCAAAGAAGGAAAGGUGUUUGGAAUAGAACUCAGUGAAAGAUCUAUUAAUUUUGCUACACAUAAUGCCAUGCUCAAUGGUCUUGAAGUACCAAAACGUAUGCAGUUUAUCUCUGGUUCGGCUGAUAGUAUGUUCAAGAAUGAGGAAUUUUUGAACUCAGGAAUUAAGGGCAAAGAGUCGAUAGUGAUCAUGGAUCCUUCAAGAAAGGGUUCCACUGAGCUGUUUAUGAGACAAUUAUUGGAAUUCAAACCAAAGUUGAUAAUCUAUGUCAGCUGUAAUGUAUUCACUCAAGCUCGUGAUUUAUCGUUAUUCAAUAAACUUCAGGAGGAGGGCUCUAUAUCAUACAGAGUUCGUGAUGUUGUGGGAUUUGACUUCUUUCCACAAACAAAACACGUUGAAACAGUUGCGGUUUUAGAAUUGUUAGAUUAA